UUGAAGAUUUUUUCACAAAAUGAAUUCGAUUUGGAAAAUAACAUUAACAACAACCGUAAUAUCGAUAUUGAUAAUAAUAUCGAUUGUUACCGUAUAUUAUAGUCGUGUUGAUUCGAAUAUCGAACAAAGUUGUUUUACAUCAGCCAUUUUAGAUCAUCAUCCUUAUUAUGAAAAUGAUGUUGGAAAAAAUAUUGAUGAAAAUUUUAAAAUUUUCAUCAAUGCUACUAUUUUGGCCAAACAACAUGAUGUUGAUUUGAUUGUUUUUCCUGAAUCAGGUUUGAUGACUGGAAUUAGAAAUCGUCAAAUGGCAUUACAAUAUUCGAUUCAAAUGCCAAAUAAAUUGACUGGUUUAUGUGAAAAUAUUGAAGAUAUUUAUGAUUUAUCUGUUUCAAUUUUAAAACGUUUAAGUUGUUUAGCAAUGAAAUAUGAAAUAUUUAUUGUUGCACAAAUGCUUGAUAAACAACCAUGUUAUAAAAAUGAAACUACCGAAUGUAGAGAUGGUUAUUAUAUAUUCAAUACGGCUAUUAUGUUUGAUCGUACUGGUCAAUUGAUUGCUAAAUAUCAUAAAAUGCAACCAUAUGGUGAAAUGGAUCUUGAUCCAGCUCAACAUGAUGAAUUAAUCUAUAUUGAUACUUCAUUGGGAAGAUUUGGUUUUCAAAUAUGUUUUGAUAUAAUUUAUAAAAAACCUGGACAUAUUUUAGCAACUGAAUAUAAUGUUGAUACAAUAAUUUUUCCAACACAUUGGAUGGAUGAAGUACCAUUUCUUUCGGCAUCACAAAUUCAAAUGGCCUGGUCUUUUGGCAAUAAUGUUAACCUAUUGGCAUCGAAUAUUCAUCAUCCAUUCCAAGCUGGUUCACUUGGAAGUGGUAUUUAUAAUGGUGGAUCGGAACGAACCUUUCUUAAUGCUCAUUUCCCUAAAGAUGAUGCUGAACGAUUAGUAAUUUCACGUUUACCAAUUCAUCCACGUUCAACAACAAGAGCUCAAUGUAAUAGAUAUAAAGAUGAAAUUAUUUUAAUACCUGUUGAUGGUCGUGAAAUUGUUAAUGGUACUUAUCACUAUAAACAAAUGAACAAUACAAAUGUUAUUAUGAAAGCAUUGGAAAUUGGACAAAAAGAAAUCGAAUUAGAACAUGAAGGAGUAAAAUGUCAUUUAAAAUUUGAAGCAAAUUUAAAUCAAUUAACAUCAGAUGGACAAUAUUUUCUUAUCGGUUCGAAUCGUUCACGGGCAAAUCCAUCAUAUGAAUGGGGUGAAGAAUUCUGUGCACUUGUUUAUUGUAUUAAAAAUAUCGAUGGAACAUGUGAAAAAUAUUCAACAAAUCAAUUGAAAAUAUUUAAUCAUGUUAAAUUGACAGCAAUUUUUGAUUCAAAAACUGUUGCUUAUCCAAGCGUUUUGGAAUAUGAAAAUCGUUUGAUACCUAUGAAUAAUGUAUGGACAUUUUCAAGCAAAAUUCAAGAUACAAAAAAAAUUCAUGAACUUGUUUUCGGUAAUUUAUCUUCCGAUUCAUUCGAUAAAACAUAUCGAUUAUUAUCAACAUUAUCAAUAUAUGGUCGAGCUUAUGAACGUGAUCCUGUUUAUAAGCAAAAACCGGCUAAUUGAUAAUGAUUGUUAAUUUAGCUAAAAUGUAAUGAAAAUGAAAUGAAAAUAAAAAUUUUCACUUUUUUUUCCC